GCCAAGCUACCCUCCCCACCAAAUCAACUCGUAACCCCCUUCAGACCCCCCUCCACUGCCAAGCUUCCCUCCCUCCAAAUCAACUCGUAACCCCCUUCAGACCCCCCUCCACCGCCAAGCUACCCUCCCUCCAAAUCAACUCGUAACCCCCUCCACCGCCAAGCUACCCUCCCUCCAAAUCAACUCGUAACCCCCUUCAGACCCCCCCUCCACCGCCAAGCUACCCUCCCUCCAAAUCAACUCGUAACCCCCUUCAGACCCCCCUCCACCGCCAAGCUACCCUCCCUCCAAAUCAACCCCUAACCCCCUCCACCGCCAAGCUACCCUCCCUCCAAAUCAACUCGUAACCCCCUUCAGACCCCCUCCACCGCCAAGCUACCCUCCCCUCCAAAUCAACUCGUAACCCCCUUCAGACCCCCCUCCACCGCCAAGCUACCCUCCCCACCAAAUCAACUCGUAACCCCCUUCAGACCCCCCUCCACCGCCAAGCUACCCUCCCCACCAAAUCAACUCGUAACCCCCUUCAGACCCCCCUCCACCACCAAGCUACCCUCCCUCCAAAUCAACUUAUAACCACCCAACCCCUCCAUCCAAACCAAUUUUAAGGGACUUGUAAAUAAAAGGGGAACAAUUCAUAUUUGAGGGUUAAUUUAGCAUAAAUAUAUAUUUUAAAUGAGAUUGGGAUUUCCAAAACUGAAUGGAGGGUGUUAUUGCCAGGGUCAAAUCAAAGCAUUGUCAGACUGGAAAUUAUGGAUUUUUUAUGACAAACUAUUAAUUAACAAGAACAAUUGACAUUGUUGUGUAUGCAAAACAGUCUACUCCUAUAGGCUUGUCAGUAGGCUAGCAUAUUUGUUUUUAUAUUCAUGCGUGUGCGUGCGUUUUUACUUACGGGACCUGUUUGUCAACGGGUAGGAUAUUCCUUAUUAUCACCAUAAUGGGAAGUGACAAACGGUAAGCCUAUCAUUCUCUAGACUUUAAAAAGUACUGGGAAAAUCUAUUUAGUCUGUUUGCUCGGUGCUAUCCCAACGGCGCACACCCCCUUCAUGAGAAGUGUUUAUAAUUUAAGGCUGGCGCGCGGGCUUUCCCCAUGGGACGCCAGCGAAAGGUCGCGCGCUGCUCUGUAGCCUACGGAUGCGCUUUCCCCUCCCAACCGGCGUCGCCUCUGCGUGCGGUGACCACACCUGCAACCGGGAAAGUCCGAUAGACCUGCGCACGGUUCAGUGAGCGAGAGGCACACACAAUCACCAUCGGAGGCUCCACAUCGGAGAAAGGAAGUCAGUCUAGCCAGAAUUAUGUUGAUUAUUGAGACUAUACUGUUUCAAACCGUCCUUUCACGCACCAAACGCGCGGCAUAUGGUUUGGAUUUGGAAAUACCUCCCGGCGCAGGAACGGAGAUUUGUGGAGUCGUUCCGUUUCGGGGAUGAAUAGCGACAGGGAAUGUGCCAGCACCACGCACAGGUAUCCAUCAGGCUGCGUUUGGUCCCUGAGCUCUGAGGGUUCAGUGGCAGGGCAUCCUCUCAGAGUGCAGUGGACUACCUGAGCGACCCUGUGAUCCACCAAGAGGACCAGUGAUCCACCAAGAGGACCUGUAAUCAAGUGAGAAGGAACUGUGGUCCGGUGAGGUGUCCAGUGAUCCAUCUGCUGUGAUCCACUGAAGACUCUAUUGAGAUCCACUCAAGAUUUCCAGAGAAAAAGAACGGUGUUCUACUGAGAGUUCCAGUGAUCCAGCUUGUGUCCUGGUAGAGUUCUCUGGUGAGCGUGUCCGUCAGGCUGGGAGGAUCAGGAUGCCAGAGCUGGAGGACUUCCCUCAGUCGCGGGGUGGCCAGCCGGCCGGUCCCGACCCUGCUCAGAUCCAGCGCAGUGUUCUGGAUGAACAGGUGGAGCUGUGGUGGUUCCGGGACCCAGCCAAGUCUCUGCUGUGCUACUGUGUGGCGGUCCUCCUCAUCCUGGGCUGCGGCCUGGGUGGCGUGCUCCUCCUCUCCACCACCACCAGUUUCUCCAGUGACUGGCGCAUGGGAGCGGGCAUGGCCCUGUGUCUCUUAGCCCUGGCCGUCCUCCUCAAACAGCUCCUGAGCUCGGCUGUGCAGGACAUGAACUGUGUGCGGAGUCGCAGGCGAAUCGAUAUCCUGAAGAGCGGAGGGCUGUCGGAUCUGUUAGUGGUUCUCAUCACGGGGCUGUGUCUGGUGGUCUGUGGGGCUGUGCUGCUGAAGCUGGCUUUGGAGCACCACAUGCCCCAGCCGGGCGUGGCCCUGAACGAUAUGUACAUCUCUGGGGUGGUGUUGUUAGCUGGAGGGGGGGCAGCGGUAGUGGGGGUAGGGGUGUAUACAGGGGUGGUGAUGCUGCUGGAGAGGACCAGGCCGGGCCAGAGGUUUAGGGACAGGGCUGUGGGGCUGUUCACUAUCUCUGGACGACACAUGGACCAGGGUAGGAGGGAGACCACCUCUAGCCUGGCUAACCUCAUCUGACCUGACCACCAGAGACAUGGGAUGGGACAGGUAGCCCAGACAGGAGAUGACUGCGACACUCAUAUGGCCCAGAUCUGAUCUGUGGGAGGGUUGGCGCUUAUUGGCCAUUUCUGGUUUGAGGUAUGUGGCUUUGUAGUUUCUGGGCCACGUUUGUUCUGAAUGUGGGCCACAUCCACCUUGCUGUCAGGGAGGGACCAAUGGACAUCACAUUUGAAAAUGGCAUUUGAGCAUAAUGGCCAUCUUGGAAAGCCACUAUAUGUUCAAUGAGUUGUUGAUGACCACAGCACCCCUGUGGUUCUUAAAACAAUGGAAUUUUGCAGGAUCGUGAAAUACAGAGCUGUGGAAUACAGAGCUGUGUCAAUACAUUGUAUUUUUAUGCUUCAAGCAUGGGCCAUUUUAUGAGCCCAGCAGAGCACCAUUCUAUGACGUGGAAUGAAGAGAAUACCUGUGACACUGCACAGACACCGGACACUGAACACAGUGCAGAGAUAAUGAUUCAUAACGUGUCCAAUGUACAAAGCAGCAGGUGAAAAGGCUGCUGUAAGGAAGAAUCAUAUCAUAGAAUAAUGUACCCAGCAUCUCCAAACUUAAUCAAAGUGAUAAAGUGAUCAAUGACACAUUGUCACCUUUUCAUGUCACAGGUUUACAGCAGUGUUGGGUGGUCAAAGGCCUCCAUAAGCAAGCUGUGUCAUCAUUCACUUUGCUUUGCAACGCUUACCAGGAAUCUGAGGAGAACGUCCUGCGUUGUUGCCAUGGUUAAAGGGUACAAUGUGGUUUCAUUAAACAAAGUGUCUAUGUGCUUGGAUGCUGUUCUUGGAUUUAA